ACCUGGAUGGCCUUGCUUCUGUCUCUUCUCCUUCCUGUGCGUGCAGGGAAGGGCCAGGCUGCUGCCACCCUGGAGCAUUCGGCGCCCUCAGCCCAUGUCCUGGGCGCCCACCUGCGGCCACGCCGUUGCUCCUGCAGCUCCUGGCUCGACAAGGAGUGUGUCUACUUCUGCCACCUGGACAUCAUCUGGGUGAAUACUCCCGGAAAGACAGCUCCUUACGGCCUGGGAAACCCGCCAAGACGCCGGCGCCGCUCCCUGCCAAAGCGCUGUGAGUGCUCCAGCGCCAGGGACCCCGCCUGUGCCACCUUCUGCCAUCAAAGGCCCUGGGCCGAAGCCGGAGCAGUCCCAAGCCACGAGUCCCUUGCAGAAGUGUUCCAGACUGGCAAGACAUGGGCCACGGCAGGAGAGCUCCUCCAGAGGCUGAGGAAUGUUUCUGCAGUCAAAAUCCGCUUUGCCAAGCGACCGCAAGAGGCAGCGAGGAAGCCCAGGUCCACACACUCCAGGUGGAGGACAAGAUAG